GAGAGCUGCCUCAUGGCGCAGUGCAGUAAUGAUCAGAUACAGCUCUCUAAUAAACUUAUUACAUAACUGAAGUAUGUUGUAGGAUGGAUUCUGAAAGUGGAGAAAACGUCAAGGCAGAUCAGGGUGUGUUGGGAAGUUCGGUGAAACUCACACCACAAAGACUAGCACGAAAAAGGAUGCCAUAUUCAGGAUGUAAGAAAGUCAAUUCUGGGUUUAAAUCUCCUGUUCAGUCCUCCAGCACAAAGAAUUCGGCCGUCUGUCUUGAAACAGAGAUUAAACAGCUGCAGACAAACGUAGCUCAGCUGGAAUCAGAGAUUUCUCAGUUAGACAACGAAGGUGUUGGGGUGCAGGAGCUAGAUCAGCACAUUGAUCUGCUACAUGAAUACAAUGACAUCAAGGACAUUGCACAGACUCUUCUAGGCAGACUGGCUGGACUGCGUGGAGUGACCACACGCGACUUGUACAGCCACUUCAGCAUGGAGCUGGAUGACUGAUUGGCUGGAGCAGCAUCUGUAGGAGAGAGUUUCAGUGCUGGAUGAUUCUGGAUCCAAGCUGCUGGAGUAGUGUUGAUCUCUAGAAGCACUUCUAGAUCACUGAAGGAGCAUGUACAUAGUUCAUUAAUCUGGAAAUGUAAAAUGGAUUUUCACCACCAUUGUUUCGCUCAGUCAAUCGAAAGGAAUUAGAAGAUAGCUGUGAUUUACAGUUUAAAUUAGAUAAACCAAAAUACUUGACAGUCUUUAUUUGAUUUGCUGUAAUAGUAAAUGAAUGGUGGAAUGUAUGUUGCAUUUAAAAUAAAUGUUCACUGGUGCCACUUUAUGUUGCAAUACCACUGCCAUCAAUCAGAUGUUACCUGGGCAUUUCUGUAGGACUGAAGGCACUGUGUGAAGGCACUGUGCGAUCUGGUAAUGAGACCUGUGAGCUAUGCACACAGUGUGGCCCUGUAAUCAGAACCAGUCAGAAUUCCCCAAAUGCUUCUAUGGGUGGUUUACCUGAUGCAAAGCAUGAAAAAAACUAUUAGGUGGAAAUAAAAAGGAGAGCAGGGCUGGAUGUCUUGAACAAUUACUUGUUGAAGGCAGCUGAUACCGAAACUGCCUCCAAGAUUAAAAAAAAAAAAAAAAAAAGUCAGAAAAAAUGUAAUCAAAAAUUCACAUUAUUUUGUCAGUAAUUUAGUUUAAAAGAGAAUAAAAAAACAAUAUUUCAUUUUGCACUGAAGCUGCAAGAUUAAUCUUUUCCAUGAACUCACACACAUAAACUGCAACCAAUUAUUUUGUAAUGUUAUACUGACU